AUGGCCAAUGGUAAAUCAUCGACCAUCUCGACAAUCCUGUCUAAAUUCAUAGAGGGAAGCUCAGACUCACAGAGCCCCUCCGGCAUCUCGCCUAAUGAUAUUCCGCUUCAUACAGCAGCUUCGUUUUUCCACACAUACUUCACUACUGUUCACCUCCAAUAUCCUUUUCUGGACAUUGAGACAUGCGCAGCUCAUUAUAGGGCAUGGACAAGGACUGGAGGUAGCCCGGAAUUUGUUGGAUGGCCAGCAUUCUUCGUCAAUAUGAUCUUCGCGAUUGGGUCUCUCAUUGAAUCUAAAAUUGACAACGCAUCCUUCCCCCAAUACCAAAACCUAAAAUCGCGAGCGCAAGCCGAGCAAUCCAUCUUAGCCGACUCGACUUCCACUCCUCUUGUACGGCUGCAGGCCAUGCUCCUCUCUGCCAUGUUCGCGUUACAUGCCGAAAGCACCUGGCGAAUUGCACACAUCAGCGGUGCUAUAAUGAAAUUUGCAUCCCUGCAUCGGUUCCACCGACUGAAGAGAGAUCCUAGCGACCCAAGCAAUCUGAUAUCGAUCAGAGCCUGGUCGUGUGCCUACGUACUUGACAGAGCUGCUAGCUCGGCACUUGGGACUCCAGUGAGCUUGCCUGACAUGUACAUAUCAACUCCAUUAUACGAGUUUGAUGACCGUGUCAUGGAAAAUGCUUGUUCAAAUCUGCCUUGGACAGAGCAUCGUGGCACGCUAGACAAGGACGUGUCGUAUCCCGACCUCCGGACAUUCUCUUACAUUUGCAAAAUCAGGACCAUUCAGUCAUUUUUUAUGCACAUGAUUGAGAAGGAUGAACUGGAGGGGAAACCUGUCCCAUUGGACCUGGAAAUCCACAUGUUGAGAGAAUUGCGAGAGUGGGAAAACGAUGAGACCAUCCGCAAACAUAGUUUUCCGUCCAGCCGCGGUUAUCAGAACCCUCUCUGGCUUCAGCAUAUUGGUCAUCUCACUAGACUCUCCUUCUGUUUCGUUAACAAGGCCAAUAUUUUCUCCACAAACGCCGACAAUGCCCUCCAGGCAAGCUGUGCGGCGUGCACCAGUUUCCGCUGCCUCCAAAAGAAGAAACAGAUUGCACAGCCAUGGCUCGCCGUUCUCUCGCAGUUUCGUGCCGCUGUCACGCUCUGGUACAUUAUCUGGGCGCGGAUGACACCCGUCCCCCAACAUGCGAAUGACGCGAUCCGCGACUGCAGUGCAGUUUUGGCCAUAUUUGCAGACCGAUGGCCCAAGGCGGAGCAUUACCGAGACUGCUUUGAGUGGCUGGCUUCGACUAUUCCGCGCAGCCAGCCCCAGGGCCAGCUAUCAGCUGAGGCUAGACAAGGACUCGCCUCGCUUCUUGUUAAACUCGAGGAGAGCGGGAUCCAUCGCACCACAUCCAGGAUGCUGCAUGAGAUAUGCGAGACUGGGCCUCCGACUGAAGGGCACACGUGA